AUGCGACGUACGAUGGAAUGGCGACAACAUCGCAAGAUGAUCUUACAAUUUCUUCCUGUAUCUAUUCUCUAUUCAUGUGGUUAUCUCCCAUUUGGAUUUGUUCAAUGUUAUCAAGCAAUUAAUGGACCGACAAAUCUUAGUUUGGCUAUCCAACAAUUAUACUUUUUCUAUCUAUUCUAUCUCAUUGGCGCUUUACAUCCAUUUGCUUGUCUGAUUGGCAUGCCUGAACUCUAUUGGAAAUGGAUUCAUAGAGAAAAUCCACGUGUGGCUCCUGUUGCUUAUCAAACAAAUAAUAAAACAAAUAAAAUAGCCACAAGUCAUGCGUAA